UCCCCUUAUAGCCAUGUGCUCCCGACCGCGCCAGAUGAUGACAUAUUUUUCUGGGAGCCGCGCUAGGACUAAACUACUGCCAACGUGGAAGCAAAUCGCAAUUCGUUGCUUUUUUUUGGCCCCUUUUUCUCCCCGUAACCUUCUAAAAAUAUUUGUUCACUUUUUUCAUUAGGUAAAUCCUGCUGCCCCUGAGUCCGGCCCUGACCGGGGAGGGAUCAGCUUUUCCGGGAAUAGGAGGAGAGCCCUCGCCUUAUCGCCCCACUUUCUGGACCCCACCUCAUCCCCGGAGCAGUGUCAGGUUUUCCAUCAUGGCGGUGGUGAAUGUUGGUUUUCCCGUACAAGAAACAUCCAGUGAAGUGGAUUCUGGAAACUUUUCAGAGACACCUCUGAGUGUAGAGGAGACGCCUAACCCUUCUAUAAGCCAAGGACCGAAACCCAAAGUCUAUAAAGGAAAUAACUCAACCUCUACCGUGACCUUCAAGGGGGAACACGUUUUUAUAAACAAGACACGGGAGACAAACAAAGUCUUCACAUCAGAUGGCAACAGCUUUACAGAAUCAGGACACAACGGUUAUGUGGUUUCCAAGCCCAAUGAUAAUAUAUGUGGCCAUCAUGGUGGAAAUGCCUCCAACUCCAGAACUGAUGAUUGUACCAACAUAGACAUCUAUACUGACGCUAAGUCAUGCAAACUACAAGAUGGCGAUAACACUGACACAAAUAACACCAUAGAGCUAGAGAACGAAACAUCCACAGAUCAUGGAAGAAACAAUGAUGACCUUUCAUGCUUUAGACCAUCCACUGAAGAAACUGAUGUCAAUGAUGGAAUUGGAAAAGCCCUAGAUGGCAAUAAUCCUAAUGACAAGUCUUCCACAGGUCUUGAACACGACAGCCAUGUCAAAAAAGUCAUCAGGCCGGGCAACUUUACACCCCUGACUUUGAAGUUGGAGGACAGGGUUACAGCCGACUCUGAAGAGAACCUAACAUUGGAAAGUCACAGAUCAAACAACGGUGCCACUAAGGUCGUCUUUGAAUCAGGACACAAAGGCAAUGUGGCUUUCAAGCCCAACGAUAAUAUACAUGGCCAUCAUGGUGGAAAUGCCUCUAUCUCCAAAACUGAUGAUGGUACCAACAUAGACAUCUAUACUGACGCAACAUCAUGCAAAUUGCAAGGUGAAGUCAACACGGCCAAAAAUAAUACCAAAGAGCUGGAGAACAAAACAUCCACAGAUCAUGGAAGAAACAAUGAUGACCUUUUAUGCUUUAGACCAACCACUGAAGAAACUCAUGUAAAGGAAGGAAAUGGCAAAGCCUUAGAAGUCACGAGCCCUACAGACAAGUCAUCCACAGGUCUUGAACAACACAGCAUUGUCAUAGAAGUCAUCAGGCCAGGCAACCAUCCAACCAUGGUCCUGAAGUCUGAGGACGGUGCUAGAGCUGGCUCUAAAGAGAACAACCUAACAUUCAAAAGUCACAGAUCAGACAACAGUGCCACUAAGGUCUUUGAAUCGGGACACAAUGGUGAUGUUGACUGCCAGCACAAUGGUGAAAUAUUUGCCCAUCAUGACGCUACCAGCAGUAUUUCUGGAGGCGGUCAGACAGGUGGGAAUGCCUCCAGCUUCAGAAUUGAUGAUGGUGCUCCAUGCUGCAUGCUGCAAGGUGAAGCGAACACGGCCAAAACGACCACAUACAACGGGGGAGGCAACAAUGACUAUUUAUACCAUGGGCCAAACAUUAAUGAAACUGAUGUCAGAGAAGAAAACAAAUCCUUGGAUGGGAAUAUUCCUAAUAAUGGUUCCUCCACAGGUUGUGAACAAGUCAUUAAUGUCAUCAGGAAAGACAUCCAUACCACUGUGUAUUAUAACCAUAAAAUCUCUAAGUCAGAGGACAGUUCUACAGAAGGUUCUGACAUAAACAACACUGCCACUAAGACCUUUGAAUCUGGUCACCAUCUUGAUGUGGGCAAUAAAAUAUUUGCCCAUCAUAAGGUCAAAAAUAACUUUUCUGCCACCAGUCAGACUGGUGGAAAUGUCUUCAGAAUUGAUGACAGUAUGGAUAUAAAUACUUGUCAUACCACCACAUGCUUUAGGCAACAAGGAGCUAAAUUGGACAAAUAUAACCCCAUAGACUCAGAAAUCAAAACUUCCACAGACCAAGGAGGGGACAACAAUACCUUGUCAUGUCAUGAAUCAAAUAUUAAAGAAACUGAUGUCAAAGAAGGAAAAAGUGAAAUCUGCAAUGGCUCCUGCCUUAAUGACAACUCUGUCACCAGGUCAUAUGAUGAUACGGCCAUGAUCAUGGAGUUAGGUGACGGUUCCACAACCGGCUUUGAAGAGAACAACCUCGCACUGGAAGGGGAUAGAUCAAGCACCUGUGCCGCUAAAGUCUGUAAAUCAGAAGACAAUGGUGAUGAGAGUUACAGACACAAUGGUGAAAUAUUUGCCUAUCGUAAAGUUAACCCCAGUGUGACUGAAGCCAUUCAGACUGGUGAAAAUGCCUCCAGCUUCAGAAUUUCUGGUGGUACCAAUAUAGAUGCCCAUCCUACCACUACAUACUGCAAGGUGGAACUAGACCAAAAUAAUGCCAUAGACCUAGAGAUUGAAUUUCCCAGAGACUAUGGAGAAGGCAACAAUGACUUUUCAUAUUGUAGACAAACCAUCAAUGAACCUGAUGUUAGAUAUGACAACUCUACUGCUGGUCCUCCACAAGAUUCCACUGAAGUCAUCAAAUCAGACGACCAAACCACCAUAACCCUGAGGCCGGACAACAGUGCUACAGAAGACUGUGAAAAGAACAAUUCUACACUGGGACAGAAUGGAUCAGACAGUACUAUGAAGGUCUUCGGAUCAGAACCCAAUGGGGAUGUAGAGUGCAGAGCCCACGAUGGAGCCUGUAAGAUUGGUGGAAAGACCUCCACAGACCUCAGCCCCAGCACCUUCAGAAUCAAUGAUGGUACCAAUAGAAACGCCCACAUAAGAGGAAGGAGAAAAGACCGAAAUCCAGAUGAUAAAACCUUCUCAAGUCAUAGAAGAGAUAACAACGACCUCUCACGCCAUAGACCCAAGAGCCAACAUCAAAAUUGUGAUUCCUUGACUUCCACUAAUUCUGCCGACGUCCAACAAGAUGGUACCGGUUCAGUUAUCACUACACGCGGUGACCAUGUUUCCUUACCCUGUAUAUCUCGGAUCUGUAACCCUUUAGAGACUAAAAUGGACAAGUACAAUCACAGUAAACCAUCCUCAGGAGUAUACAAUCCUUGGAAAGUUUUACCCCUUAUCCUCUGGAUGAUGCCUUUAGCCGACGCAGCACCUACACGAGAUUUCACAGUAACGUCACAAAUGCGGAGCUAUCACUUCUGUGCGGAUGGAUUCCUCAUCGGCCAACUCCUCACCAUUAACGACAUGGAUAAUCGCACUGGGCUGAAUUGUACAAUUAACUUCACCAGUGUUGGGUUCUUCCAUAACUGUUUAGAAUCUGGAUAUUUGUUCUUUGGGAAAAAUGAGACGUGUGUAGAAAUGUUGACUAUGAACCUGAACACAACGGACUACAAUAUGAAGUAUACGAUCACCUGGAAUGGAGAUUACCCUAAUGGACAUCCUGUCCCAGGAACCCCUGGAGACCUGCUGAGUGCUGCCGAAGUGAUGGCCAAAAUAGCCAAAUACACCAAAACCCUUAACACAACACCGGCACCGCUGAAUGGACAAAACAACACAACAACGGCGCCACUAUAUGGACACAACAACACAACAACGGCGCCACUAUAUGGACACAACAACACAACAAAGGCACAAGAGAAAGGAGAUCACUCCAAGACUUCAUGGAUUAUUGCGGGACUCCUUGUAGCCGGUCUUGCAGUCGGUCUUUGUGUGUUAGGGAAAAACUGGUCGAAAUUUAAGAGUUGGGUCGACUCUUGUAGAAGACGUAACACCAAUAGAGCUUCCAAUAACGAAAACAAUGAAUGUGCCAUACCUUUAAGGGAAAUGGCCAAUGGGCACAUGAAUGGACAUGUUCCCAAUGAGGAAAGUCAGCAAGAAAAUUAGGCCCCG